AUGCGGUGUAAUAGCGAGAUGAUUGAAACGUUGAAUGCCGUGCUGACUGUGAAUUUAGGGGAAUUAAAGUCUAUUAAAGACGUGAUGGAGGUGGUGGAGAAGGAACGAGGAUAUGGCGGAGAAGUGGAAUGUGGUGUAGAUGGGCAAACGGCAAAGUCGGUGAAGAGGGGUCAAUGGAAUAAGGUUGGUGAAGAUGGUGGAACUGGUAGAGAUAGAGCAGAAGAGAGGUAG